AUGGCGGCGGCUGAGGAGGGGAAAGCGGAGGGGAAGAUGGCGGCGGCUGCGGAGGGGAUGGCGGCGGCUGCGGAGGGGAAAGCGGAGGGGCCCUCCUAUCCUGACCGCUCGACCCCCCCGAUCCUUGAGGUCGCCCUCGGCAAGGAUUUCGUCGACAUUCCCUCCAACGCCGACGAGAGCCCCGCCUGGCUGCUACUCGUCGGCGUCAUGAGCGGCGGCCUACGCUUCCACCGUUUUGGCGUGGCGAGAUCUGGGCGGAUCUCCGGUCGGAGCGACGACACGCUCCAGAUCUUCCACGACCUGAAGAAGCGACAGGGUUGCAGCCGGAGCGCCCGCGCAGCCAUGGCAUCUGACGGCCGCUCGCUCUGCCUCUUGCAGCGGGUCGAGAAGGCGCAAACCGAGGCCCUUCAGCUUCAGCUGCCGGCCGAGGAGGAGCUGCCGGCCGAAGUACUGCUUCCCCCGUUGGAUCCAAGCAUGCGUGGCCGGUGCGUGCCCAUCUCCGCCGACGGCCACAUAUGGGCGGUGUCCGCUAGCUACUGUUCUGCCACCAGCUUCCGUCUCGUCCUGCAACGCCUGGUCAUCCAAGAGGAAGAGGGCGUGGCGGGACAACAUUGGGAGCAGGUCGGCGGCCCCUUCAUCCAACAUUGCAAAGUCGAGCUCUCCCACCCCAUGUGGAGUCCUGACUUGCUCCAGGGCUACGCAGUACUCCCUGGCCAGGGCCCUGACGGGGGCACGCUCAUCCUGCUCUCCCUCGGAAACCGCCUUUUCUUCACCUUCAAUUGCUCCGCCCCUAAUUCAGGCUGGACCAAGGUAACCCACACCUCAGAGGACAAGUAUUACGUCCCUAUCCUUGGCCGUGGGGUGUAUGCACAAGAAAGCAAUGCUGUUUACAUGGUUCGCAAAAAUGUCAUCUACGCAUACAAGCUCAAGGUCGGGCAUGAAGAGACAACUCUGAAGCUGGAUCCCCCUGUGGAGAUUUGCUUUCCUUCUGUUACAAGAAACACGGCGCAUAGCUUCCUCACCCAUCUCGGCCGCGGGGUCAUGUGCUGUGUCUGGAUCUGUGUGGGGCUCUCAUGCUGGCGUGACCACCUACACGCCAUUAUCACCACCUUCCACCUUGGUCCUGAGCCUUCGGAUCUCAAGCUCCUGCACUCCACCUCCCGCCAGGUUGACAUGUUGUUGCCUAUGAAACACCUUGAUGAAUUUGAAUUCUGCUUUCUCCAAGAGUAUAAGGAUGACAAGGCGCUGCCGCCUCAAGCCCAUGAAGAGGGAGUACUGCUUCAUGAUCGUUGCAGGCAUCAUUUCCCAGGAGGUCCUCCUUCUCCCUAUGUGAAGCCACAUAUGGACAAACAUCUAUUGUUUAUUAUCUGCCAAGCUGGUUCGCAAUCAUUUAUCUAUAAAACCAGUCUCAUGGAUCUGAUUCCAAGGUUAGGAAUAGCUCCUCCUCUCAAACCGCAUUACAUUGUACAUGGAGAUGAUGAUGGUCAGAGGCACUUUUUUCUCACUAGCUCAGAACUAUGUGCCGUCUCAUUCCUGAAAGAUGGCAUGCAUGUGCUUAACCUCGACACCAGACGUCAGGAUUUCGAUCACCUUGCACGGCGGCCUGUUUCUCCAUUUGAUCCUUUUGUAAUGGUUAUCCAAGUUGGUCGCGCGACUCUUGCUCUUACUGAAACUCUCCACGUUUAUCGUCAGUCCCACCUUAUUCGCCCUACUGGAUCGACCUCAUGGGUACGCUGCGUCGCAGAUCGGUCUCACCUUCUUGACAGGAAGGUUAAGCUGUCCGGAUAUGUAGUAGUGGGUGAUGAUUCCUUUAUAGUCUGUGAUACUGUCACAUGUUCUUGUCUUCGGUUUGACCUGAAUGCCAAGCAGUGGCAUGUUGUCAUGCCUUGGGCUCCUUUGGGAGAAUGCCUGCCAAGGGAUAUGUCCAGAUACUCCUUCCUAAAUGGCAGAUGUGUAUUUGUUGAUGGUUUUAUCUACACAUGCUCACGAAAUGGGCUUGCUGCUUAUGAACUACUCUCUGAAAAUCAUUGUGUGUACCUCAAGGACCCAAUCUUUUUCCCAUUCUCAUGGAAGAGUGAAGAUUGGCAGAGUGAAAGAAUGUGUUUGGAUUAUGCUGGAAAAGACGUCAGCUCAGGUGCCAUCUUGUUUUGGGUGGUGCAAGGUUUGCAAAUUAAAUCUCGCCCCCUCAAGAAUCAGCUAUGGAUCACUGCCGUCCAGGUUAAGACUGAGAAAACAUCCAGCAAGAGCAUGAAACCGGUGGGAAUUAAGCAUGUGGUCUCUGCCACACGUCUGAUUGAUCAAGAGAAAACAAUUGAUCAGAAGGAAGUAAUCAGUACCAGAUGUUGUGCUGUCUCUUUCUGA